CCAACCCAAAUGUUUCUGGAAUAUGUCCGGGGAGCGAGCGUCGUUGCCAUCCGGGGGAGGCGGCCUGCUUCGCGGAAGCAGAACAAGAUCUUAUGGCAGCUUAACUAGCUCUUCGCUUUCUCCGGUUCGCCAGAAAGUCAUUGAACACACAGUUAAACCAGGGGAGACCCUUCAGGGUCUGGCUUUAAAGUAUGGCGUGACUGUUGAGCUAAUCAAAAGAGCAAACAGACUGUACACCAACGACUCAAUAUUCCUGAAGAAAUCCUUGUCAAUCCCAGUCCUGUCAGACUUGAAUGACCACAGCAAUGGGGUAGAUUCGUCUGAGGAAGACCAUAAACAAGGAAAGACAAACUGUGAUACAGAGGAUUAUAGAAAACCUGCAUCAGACCUUACUCCUGGAGAUUUUUUGAAAAGACUGGAUAACUUGAUCACCCAGUCUAAGGAGGCUGCAGCCAGAGGAUGCAAAGAUGCAGAAAAACGUGUUGCAGCCGUAGAAGCAGCUUGCUCAAGCACAACUUCAGACUGGCGUCCGUUAACAAGGUCACAGAGUGUUAUUUCAUCAUCAAGAUUUCAGCAGCAAGCCCAACUUGGGGCAGUCCCCCUCACCACCACUAAGCUCACCAAGAAGCUGAAAGAAAGGGAAGAUGAGAUCUUUGAACUGUGACAUAAUAAUGUCUUUCUGAUGAUUAAAAAACACUAGACACAUGGUGAAGGGACUAGACUGCAGGUCAAGACAUUUGCAGAAAGGUGAAAGAGCUCUACUAAUAGUGCUGCUGUGUAAAGUUUAAAAAUCCUUUUACUUAGUCAAUAACUAAAAUUUGUUGUAGAAAUGCAGUAAAAUUGCACAUAUUUAUUUGUGGGAACCUACAGUUUGUAUGAAAACUCUUUUUUGUCUGUAACUGUUUGGCUUGUUCCUACAGAGAAUAGGGACAUGAGGAUUUUGUCACAUGAUGCUUCAGUCAUAUGUCUGCAUAUGGAAAUGCAGCAUUUUCCACUCCUGAUCAUUUACCCAGGAAAUGCAAAUACUCUCACUGUAGCAGUAAGAGCAUAAACAGGUUGACACUGUAUGCUGCUAACACAAAAAAGAGACAAAUCACAGAAAUAUGUUUUUAGGAUAUUUUUGACAGCAUCUUUUAUUAUUUGCCAGGACUUUGUUUUUCAUUUUGUUAUUUUAUGUGAUUCAACGAUUAAUAAACUAAUAUUUGUUCCUGCAUUGCUGGAACAUUUACA